AUGUAUUUAAGAAAUUUGAAAUAUCCCAGGUCGAAUGUUAGGCAAUUUGAUGAUGAAUUUAUAGUGGAAGCUUCAUGGUUCAAUGUUUCUUAUUUUAGACAUGGAUCAGUAGAAUUGAGACGAAAUAGAGAGGUGGUGCUGAAACUUUGUAAACAUAACGGAAUGGUGAUUCAAUAUGUUAAUGCAAAAUUGAGAUUUGAUAGAGAAAUAAUAUUGGAAACUCUGAAAAAUUGUCCUUCAGCCAUUGAGUUUAUUCCAAAUGAAUUGAAAUUCGAAAGAGAUUUAAUUAAUCAAGUAUUUAUUCAUCACUAUAGUGAUGAGAUCAACCUUGAGGAUUUAUCAGAUGAUAUUGUAUGGUUACGGACCUAUUUGAAACUCUUUGGAAUUAAUAAUAUUCCAAGAACAUGGUCAAGGAAAUAUUCGAAUAACAAAGAGCUCAUGAUGGAAUAUAUCAAAGAGAAUGGAGAUUAUUUGAAAUUCGUCUCUAUGGAACUGAAAAAUGAUAAGGAAUUAGUUUUGCAAGCUGUGAAAAAUUCAGGCCUUGCCAUUUACUAUGCCUCUGAAGAAUUGAAGCGAGAUAGGGAAAUAGUUUUGGAGGCAGUUAAGCAGGAUGGUACUGCUUACAAUUAUGUGGCUCCUCAUUUCUCUUCUGAUAAGGAAAUUAUCUCAUUGGCUCUUUGCAGAGAUUCGAAUUUUUUCAAUCUUGCAUCUGAAAGUUUGAAAAAUGAUUAUGAAUUUGUGAUGGAUAUAGUAUCAACAAGAGGAAUGAUAUUGAAAUUUCUACCAGAAACACUAAUGAAUAACAGGACAAUUAAUUUGGCAGCUAUUUUAAAUAAUGGAAGAGUUAUUGAAUUUUCUCCUUUCAAACAUGAUCCAGAAAUAUUGAAUCAGGUGGUUAAAGUAGUUCCUUAUUAUUACUUGAGAUUUGUAGAUUUAUCAAUGUUUUCGGAUGAAACCUUGAUUGAGGCAGUAAGAUUUUCUGAAGAUCCUUUUUUAAUCACCAAAAGAGCUAACUAUUUGGAUUUGCUACAACGAUCUAUUGAAUACAAUGUGCGUUUGGCAUCUUCAUUUCCAUAUGAACAUUUGACUGAACAACUGGUGUUGAAAUUCAUUAGAAUGGAUGGUUCUGUAAUCGAAUAUCAUAAUAUUAAGCGAUUCAUUCAUUCAGACAAAUCAAAAUAUUUCAUCGAAGCUGUCAAAUCAAAUGGAUUCUUCACUGAAUUCGAUCAGGAAUUGUAUCGACUGAGAUUGAGUGAAGAAUAUCACGGAGCUAUCAUGCACUAA